AUGGGACCACGGAUAUUAAUACUUUUGGCCUGCCUCGCAGCAGCGAGAGCGUCCCUGGAAGUGGUAAACCAAUGGAGUUUACUGCAAUUUGACUUUCCACCGGAUCCAGUGUUGCUAGAAAAGUUCCAACCUGAAAAUACAGUGCCUGCUGGACUGGAAGUUGGAUGGGAUCGAAUAUACAUAGGAAUCCCGCGACUUCGCGCGGGCGUGCCGGCCAGCUUAGCUUGGAUUCCUCGUUCACUGCCGCCUGGCGUUAGUCCUGUCCUUCAGGCAUACCCUGACUGGUCAUGGCACACGGCCGGUCGCGGCGACGUCAACUGCACGGGGCUCAUAUCCGUGUACCGCAUUCGAGCUGACCGCUGCAACCGCCUAUGGGUACUGGACUCCGGAGUUCUCACAAGUCUUGACGACUUCCGCCGCGUUUGUCCUCCUAAGAUCCUCAUCUUUGAUAUGGCAACUGAUCGUUUGGUUCGAAGCGUCUACUUCCCACGUGAACUGCUGCGCCCGAGUUCCCUUCUGACCAAUUUAGUAUUAGAUGAAAGCAGAUCAUCAGCCUCCCGACAUUCUGCUACAUGUGACAAUAUUUUUGCCUACAUCACUGACACCGUAGCGCCUGGUAUCAUCGUAUACGACGGUCGCCGCGACAAUGCGUGGCGUGUGACCCAUGCUUCGAUGUACCCCGACCCUGAUCUUGGAGAAUACGACAUUCUUGGAGAGAAAUUUACUCUUAUGGACGGCAUCAUUGGCGUAGCUUAUUCACCCGCUCAAGGGCUUUUGUAUUAUCAGCCUUUAGCAACUGACAGGAUAUUUAGUGUGUCAACAGCAGUUUUAGCAUCGGGUCCACCAGCCGAAGGAACUGAUUUGCCAGUUAAUUUAGUUGGACGAAAAUCCUCUCAAGGGAUAGCAAUUGCUGUAGAUCCACGAGAUGAUACUAUUAUCUUUAGUCCUAUUACUGAAACAGCUAUUGCCGCUUGGAAUCCUAUUACCAACUCGCAUAGAGUUCUAGCCCAAGAUAGCGAGAAACUGCAGUUUUGUGCUGAUGUGCGAUGGGCGGAGCGCGAUAAUGGCGCCGUGUGGGCUCUCUCCACGCGCUUCCAGAAGUACUUCAAGCGUUCCGUAUCGAAGCAUGAGAUCAACGUCCGAGUGUUGCGUGUCGUGGAGGCUGGAUAUGGGGGCGGCUACGUUCCUAUACAGCCACAUGUACUCCGUCGAGCCGCUAAUUUUACGUCUCCCCUUUAC